AUGUUGCCACCUGUGAAGAAGGACCGGAUCAUUACUCAGCUCCCACACUGUUUCAGUCCCAAUGCAGCGCUGCACACCAAAGACAGCUUCCACCCACAGGUGAAAGCUGCCUGCCAGGUACAGAGGACAGACACAGUGAGCUUUAAUAUCGCCAAAGUCAUUGUAGUGGGAGAUGUUGCAGUUGGGAAAACGUGUCUGAUCAGCAGAUUCCGUAAAGGUGCGUUUGAGAAAAACUACAAAGCAACCAUCGGGGUGGAUUUUGAGAUGGAGCGUUUCGAGGUGCUCGGAGUUCCCUUCAGUCUGCAGCUGUGGGACACAGCCGGUCAGGAGCGCUUCAAAUGCAUCGCUUCGACAUAUUACAGAGGAGCACAAGCCAUCAUAGUGGUGUUUGACCUGAGCAGUGUGAGCUCGUUAGCACAUGCCAGGCAGUGGCUGGAGGACGCAAUGAAGGAAAACGACCCCUCCAGUGUUUUACUGUUCCUUGUUGGCACCAAGAAGGACCUCAGUACUCCUGAUCAGUUGGCUCAGAUCGAGCAGGAAGCCAUCAAACUCUCAGAGGAAAUCAAAGCAGAGUACUGGGCUGUUUCUGCCAAGUCAGGAGAUGGUGUGAAAGAUUUCUUCUUCCGUCUGGCCUCGCUGACUUUUGAGGCCAACGUUUUGGCCGAGCUCGAGAGAAGUGGAUCGAGGCACGUCGGUGACAUCAUCAGGCUCACAGACAGCACAGAAGCUCAUCACAAACCGCCCAAGAGGAAAUCCAACUGCUGCUGAUGACAGAGGACGACGGCUUGGAUGCACCAAUAACACAGCAACACAAGGCACAACGAAGGGGGAUAUAAACCCUUUGAAACCGUGGAAAAUUGCCUUGAUUUUUUUCAA